GGCAGCUUUAAACCAGUGCGUUGCACUCUCGGCUUGAAUUGGCUUUCCUGUGCGCGGUAAUUGUGGAAGUUUGGCCAGAUAGCGAGUUUACUAUCUCCUAAUCUCGAUAUGAUAUAAUGCUUUUUUAUUGCUGAUUGUUGUUGAUUGCUUUCGUUAUUCAAUGUAAGACAUUAUGUACUUUUGCUGGGUCGUCGACUCACCUUUACUUUUGUUCUUCUCUUUUCCAGACCUAGUCAUUCACGCUACCCUACAUGUUGUUUUAGUUCACAUAGUAUCUUUUGGCUACACUAAUUGCCACGGGCUAAGACGGAUCUCAGUGCUGAUGUUUACCCUGGUAUUUAAUAAUUAUUCACACAGUGCGUGUCCCAAGUUUCAAAUAAUUUUAUGUCUUGUGUGUUUGUUAAGAUUUUGUGAUUUUACUCAGACCAAGUAAGGGGUGUUCUUGUUUUUCACAUGUAUAAAGUAUCCUUUGUAAUUAAAGGUGACUAACAGUAGUCAAAGGUUAUCAUUAACUAUCCGUCUUCAGAGUCGUACACUGAACAGAUGUGUAGAGGGAACCGGAUAGAGUCGUUUUUGAAACGGUCAGUCAGAAUUGGCUGCGCUGUGUCGAUGCAAUUGAUAAGAAGUUUUCAUACGAAAUGAAGUUAUUGUAAUAAAGAUAUCAAUUGCUAAUAUUGAAAGUUAAAGAUUACGCAGUAUACUUAAGAAAUCACUCCAGGAUUGGUUGUUACUUUUUCUAUUUUCUCAGUGGAUAGACAAAACGGACAAAUUUGUAAGCAGUAUUAGAACUAAUGUUAUCGUCAACAGGUGGUAAUUGCCCUAAUCACUAUGUGUAGUCAAAUGUCACAGUUAGGAUUUGGUGUAGACAACUUUUUCUUAAUAAAUGUGGCUUGAAAGCUAUGUUAUCUAUUUCAUUCGUACACGAGACAAGCUCUGGAAUUGGACAAUUGUGUUGUAAAGAUCUCAAGUAAGAAUUCCCUUCUCGGUCCUUGUUUUCUGUAGUCCUCAUCACUAUUUCAGUGUUCUGAUUGAUUUCAGUCUUAAGAUAACCCUUGAGACCGUUGCGUUGUUUGAUUUCCAGGACCAUGUUCAGGGUGCUGUGAUGCGUUAGUGAAUAAUAAUCUGACGCGACUUUACAUUUUGUUCGUUAACACAAAAGACGAGUUUUUGCUAAUUCAAUACUUAUACUUACGUGUUAUCAAACCUUGGUUUUGAUGUUUAUAAAAAAUCCUGGUUAUGUUGUGUUAGUGAUUUUGAUAAGGCAUCAAUAUUUAAGAUGUGUGUUACCGGAUAUACCGAAAAAAUGCGGAAUAGACUUUAAAAUCUUAAAUAUGGGUCGAAAAUGCCAGGUAAAUCUUUUGUAGUAGUUAGCGUAAAGCUGGCUAUAAUAGGGAACAAGGAACUCCGUAAGUAUCAAAACGAUCGUAUUUCUAAGCAUCUAUCGCUAUCUAUUCGUUUAUAUUGUGACGUCAUUGUCCCUUCCCUACUGCUAUUUUUCGGUAGCAAAACCUGUGUGAUAUUUUUUCACUUUCAUCGUUUGUACGGGAAAACGUGAAAAUUCUUCAGUAAUACUAUUCUAUUAUGACAAACAAGCAUUGGAUUCGUACUAAAAAAAAAUACAAAAACAGUCCACCUAUUCCUAUAACAUUUUCGUCCAUAAAACUAAUCCUCGAAUAUCUUAUUUCUAACUAGUUUUAUGAGGAUCCAAUAACAAUAUAUUGUGAUGUUUACAGGAUACCUAAUCUGUUCUUAUGCCUCAGAAUUCCUUGAUUUUACGCAGGAUUGCUGUAAAUGUCAACAGCCAUCAACUCUUCUGUCUCAACUCCUAAUGGUGCUAAAAACAUAGUCCCAGACUCAUCGUCUGCUGCAGUAAGACUUCCGUCAUCCAGUUCCGUUCGCCAAAUAGCUGACGCUACAUCGAAUCAGAAAGAUUCAACUAAAGUACCCUUAUGUCUGAUAAAACUAGUCCGAUCCAUUGUUAGGACUUUCUAUUCAAGAGAACAUUCUCUCAUCGUUGAUAUGCUGGUACGUAAUACAAUUAUGAAAGAAGAUGACCUAUGUGAAAGACUUCGCUUUGAGAGGAAACAACUAAGACAAUAUCUGCACACACUAAAGUGUGACCAAUUUAUUAAAUCGAAAUUACAGUUGGAAACGGAUGUUGAUGGGAAAACAACGAAGAUAACACACUAUUUCAUUGACUACAAACUGUUUGUCAAUGUAGUCAAGUAUCGACUUGAUCAAAUGCAACGUCGACUAGAAGCUGAACAAAGACAGUCAACAAGUCGAGCUAGUUUCAAAUGUUCUUCUUGUAAUACAGCGUAUACAGACUUGGAAGUGGAUCGUUUAAUGGAUUUUACUAAUCCGGGAAAACUUGUAUGUGUAUAUUGUCGUGGCGAAGUUUGUGAAGAAGAAGAUAACGCUUCACGAACAGAUGCCCGUGCUUUAAUCGCAAAGUUUCACCAUCAGGUUCGAGAUCCGAUCGAUCUAAUGCUUCGUGAAUGUGAUGAAAUACACUUGUCACCUGCAAUACUCGAACCAGAAAUCCGUCCUCUUGAACCUCUAAACGAUGAUACCUCUGAUGAAUCCCAAACCUCCUCUCAAAACGUCGGUAGGAACUCUAUUCUAUCAGGUGAUAAAAAUAAAAAAAACUCGUCUUUAUUCGGUCCAACUGAAAGCAGUGUUCGAAUCGUGCUGAGUGGAAACUCAAGUGGAUCAAACCAAGUGGUCAAAGAAAGACCUAUAUGGAUGUCUGACAGCACUAUAAGUCUCAACCCUGCUCCUGGAAUUGGAGAUACGGAUUCACAAGUGAAUAUAUUUUCAAAUGCAUCCGAGUUUCAUGCAAACCAUACUCCUGAGGACGCUAUCACUCAGACUCUUGCCCCUGGGAGAGUGCCCUCUGGAUUUGGUAGUAACUUAUCCAAUUCUGUUAUAGGUAGUGUUUCUCACAACAGGCUAGCGGAUACUACUACCUCGGAAACUAAUCUAAUGACAAAUACGACUAGUGGAACCCAUACCGCUUCGUCUAGUGAUAUUAUGCAAUUACUACUUGUUCAUGAGAGACGUAGUCUGCUCACCCGGAAUUCCGCUAAAAAUGCUAGUGUUCCAGGUCGCAAUAAUGCACAUAAAACUACUCUUGCCCAACCAGAUCCCCUGGUUAACACGGAAAAUACGUCUGUGGACCUUCACCCAAAGAAAUUCGAGGUUACUGUUGGAGGUCAGCUUAUGCUUUAUACAGAUGUAACUCCAGCGAUGGUGAGGACAAUGACUAAAGAAGAGCGUGAAAACUACGUGCGCGUUGGUAAGCUUAUGUUCACCAACUUAAUGCUCGAAUAAAACGAAAAUGAGCUUGUGUAAAAUAAUAAUGUAUUAUACAGAUUUAAAAAUACACGAUGUUUAACAU